GGCCAAACAAAAUUAAUAGUAACCCAGCCGCUAAAAGUGGACCUUCCCUCGCUCAAUUCAAUGGUGAUGGAUGAAGUUAGUUUCUCUUCUUUGGAUGAAGGGAAGUCUCCCCUUUUCCUUUUCAUGCCUUUCUUUCAGUUUCUUUUUUAUUUUAUCAAAAUUCCAGUGAAACUAACUCCAUUGUUAAAGAACAUUUCAAGCAAGAGAAAUGAAUUCGAAAAACCCAGACUCAAUUUUUGGAGUUUUGGGCUGAGAUUCGAGGAUGGAAUAAUGAAAUUGAUUUCAAGUACAUAUAGUCUUGUGAGAUUACGGUUCGAAAGAAUUCAGAGAUAUAUAUGAGAAAGGUGAAAUAGGAGGAGAGAUGUGGGGCUCAACGCCAACAAUGAAUCUUCCGGUAGGGAAAGAGAGAAAUAAGUUGGUAGCUGUGGCCAUUGACAAAGAUAGAGGAAGCCAGAUGGCUCUGAAAUGGGCUCUUGACAAUAUCGUUGCAAAAAACCAGACCAUACUUUUACUUCAUGUGAAUCUUACCCAAAGAUCAAAUCAGGAUUCUGAUAUUUGUGAUGAGAAUGGAUUGACACUUCGAGAAAUGGAUCCACAAUCAAAAGAACUAUUUCUCCCUUUCCGUGUCUAUUGUACACGCAAAGAUGUACGAUGCCACGAAGUCUUGUUAGAAGAUCUAGACCCUGCUAGAGCAAUUAUUGAAUAUACUAAUCGAGUUGGGGUCGAGAUAUUAAUUCUCGGUGCUGCUGCUAAAGGUGGUCUUCUAAGAUUUAAAAUGAAAGAUAUCCCUGGAAAUGUGCUAAAAGGGGUACCUGAUUUCUGUACUGUGUAUGUCAUCUCCAAAAAUGGAAAGAUAUCAUCUACCCGGUCUGCUUCUCGUUCAGUGCCAUUCACCCAUCCACUACGUCACCAAUUGGCUACCACAAAACCAAAUGCAGCAGAGACACUGUUUCCAUCAAAGACUGUUGAAUUUUCUGGAGAUUCAAGCUUUACAUCUGAGUUAUCUUCUGCCAGCUCACAGAAUGAUAUAAAGUCUCCAUUCACUCGCAGGAGAGCAGCAAAUGGGAAGCCAUAUGAACACUCAAGGCCAACUAGUGACAUAUCUUUUGUGAGUUCUGGUAGAGCAAGUAUUGAUAGUUGUUUCCCUUCGUACAAUGACAGCUUUGAGGAUGGUCCAACCCCACCCCGGCUUUCGGGCUUCUCAGAAUUUGAAAAUAGCAGUUUUGAAUCCUCCAACUUUGGCCGGAGAUCAAUUGACUUGUCAUCACCUUCUGAGUUAUCUUUUGUGUCAAUGGACAGUGAUAGAAUGUCUAUGUCAGGAAUGGAUGAUGUUGAAGCAGAAAUGAGAAGGCUGAAACAAGAGCUUAAGCAAACAAUGGAAAUGUAUAGUACGGCAUGUAAGGAAGCACUGAGUGCAAGACAGAAGGCAAUGGAGCUCCAACGCUGGAAAAUGGAUGAACAAAAAAGAUUAGAAGAGGCACGAUUAGCUGAGGAAGCUGCAUUGGCUCUUGCAGAAAUAGAGAAGGCCAAGUCAAAGGUGGCCAUAGAACGUGCUGAAGCGGUUCAGAGGUUAGCUGAAUUAGAAGCUCAUAAGAGAAUUAGUGCAGAAAUGAAAGCACUGAGCGAAGGAGAUGAGAGCAACUCGAUGAUGGGUCAAAUUUCACAUUCACGUUGCAGAUACAGGCGGUACACAAUCGAGGAGAUUGAAGCAGCGACUGACUGCUUCUCAAAAUCUCUCAUAAUUGGAGAAGGUGGGUAUGGGCCAGUAUAUAAAUGCUAUAUUGACCACACAUCUGUUGCAGUUAAGGCCCUUCGCUCUGAAGCAGCUCAUGGAAGACAGCAGUUUCAGCAAGAGGUUGAAGUGCUGAGCUGCAUAAGGCAUCCUAAUAUGGUUCUUCUUCUAGGAGCAUGUCCUGAAUACGGUUGUUUGGUAUACGAAUACAUGUCAAAUGGAAGCUUAGAGGACCGCCUAUUUCAAACCGGAGGAACCCCACCACUUUCGUGGCAACUGAGAUUUCGAAUCGCAGCCGAAAUUGGAACCGGGCUUUUGUUUCUGCACCAGACCAAACCAGAACCGAUAGUCCACCGCGAUCUAAAGCCAGGCAACAUACUGCUAGACCGCAAUUUCGUGAGCAAGAUCAGUGAUGUUGGCUUGGCUAGAUUGGUCCCUCCUUCCGUGGCUGACACAGUUACCCAGUACCGAAUGACAUCCACUGCUGGAACUUUCUGUUACAUUGACCCGGAGUAUCAGCAAACCGGCAUGCUUGGAAUAAAGUCCGAUGUGUAUUCCCUGGGGAUCAUAUUUCUGCAGAUACUAACAGCAAAACCCCCAAUGGGUUUGACUCACCUGGUUGAAAGGGCGAUUGAGAUGGGCACCUUUACUGAAAUGCUUGAUUCUGCUGUGCCCGAUUGGCCUGUUGAGGAGGCUUUGAGACUUGCCAAGUUAUCUUUAAAAUGUGCUGAGCUUAGAAGGAAAGAUAGGCCAGAUCUGGGGCAGGUAGUGAUGCCUGAACUUGAGAGAUUGAGGGAACUUGCUGAUGAAAGCAUCCCUCCAUCCUCCUUUUAUUAUCCUGGUCGUUCACCAAACCAUAGCCAAGUUUCUAUGUCUCAAGAAAAUCUGAGCUGCCCUACGACUGGUAAUUCUGGAUAUGAUAGCUAUAGGAGUUCAUCAAGCAGUGGGUUGUAGUAGGUUGUAAGCAAAGCCAAAAAGCAGUUUUAAUUCGAAAUUGUGAAUGAUUGUAUCAUUAUUUCAUUGGAUUUGAACUCAUUUAUCCUAUUAAUCUAUUAUGUUUAGUUUUAGAGGUAUAAUUAAGCAUCAUCUUUCAUCCAUAUAUAGAAGGUGCUUAGGUUCGAAAUGUAAAUACUUUAAAGUGAUGUUUAUUUAGUCAGUGUUGGGGCUUGGGAUCACAAACCUAGCAAUCAACCCAUCCCAUAACCACCAAGCGGUCCAGUCAACCACAGGACCUGUGCUGGUCCUGUUGAUCGAUCAAACCGGUUCAAGGCUUACAUGACAACUGGCCUGAACCACAUGGUAGCAUUGAAGAAGCAGACCAAAUAGACUGGCAUGUGGCUUGACUUAUUAGUUGGGGUUUUGUUAAAUUGAACUAUGAUCAAAGAAAGUAGGGUUCUGUUCAAUAUAUGUAGCCUUGGCUAUUAGUUUAUCUUCAAGGAAAUUAUUGAUUUUAGUUUGGCUCAGUUCAUGUUUCGAACAACUUGUUACUACACAACUUUAGGUCUUAAUCACCUUUUGCACGGAUUAAACAAUUAAUUUGUCAUAUUUAAUCAAUUAAUUUGUGGUUUCUAUUA